AUGAUGAAAAUUAGGCGAAUCUUUGGUUCUUAUAUUCCUCAAUCUAGUAAGGUGGUUUUCGGUCAGCUUCAAAUCGUCGCAGUGGAUUGGGUUAUAUAUUUUGUUAAUCGAGAACUUGGCUCUCUUUCUAUAAGACAUGCCGUGCAAGAAUAUCUCAUAGCUGCUGCUGCAACAACCGGGACAUUGGUCAGAAAGGGUAUGACUGAGACUAAGGAAAAGGUGUCCAUUGGAAAGACCAAAGUAGAAGAGGUAUUUAGUAGACAAAUAGCUUCAUUCGAGAAGAAUGCUGCAAAAAAGACUGCACAAAAGAGCAAGACCCUUUUGAUGGAUAUUGAAAGGUGGCAGAAGGUAUUUGAGUCUGUAUCUGAUUGUCACCGUAGAUUUGAAAGAUGCACAGUCGAGCGUAAGCAGAAUGAGCAAGUCAUUGCAGAAGCUUUCCAAUGUGAACUAUAA